AUGGCGCGGCUCUCCAGGCGGACCCGCCGGGUCCUGGGCCUCGCCGCGGGCGCCGCCGCGUUGGGGUGGGCCGCGAGGGAGUGCGCAUUGCGAAGCGACGGCUGGUUCGUCCGCGCCGACCCGGCACGGGCCGGUCGACGAGGGCGAGGACACCGCGCCGCGGGUCAUCAGCGCGCGGAUGAAACGAACCGUCCGAGGCUCCUGAGGCUGGAGCGCGAAGUGGUGGACGCGGACGAGACGGGCGACGAUCUCGGCCGUCAGCACCAUCAUCACCAUCAUCACGGAGGCGACCGCUCCAGGAGCAGCGCGGCGUCGUCCUCCUGCGCGGGGUCUCGCCGCGACUCCUUCGACCACGGCAGCGAUGUCGGCGGCGACGACGGCACCAACACCAGCACCAGCGGCCCGUCUUUGAACGACCAGAGCCAGCACGGCAGCGGCGACGCGGCCACCCCAAACUUUUUCGCAUCCACCAAGUUCUUCGCCUGCCUGGAGCUGGAGGAGUCGCAGGAGCUCUUCGCGGCGAGCGAGGAGUUCGACGUGCCCCCGAACACGGUGGUGUUCAGACAGGGUGACGAUUCGUCUUCGGGGAUAUACAUCGUCGUCCAGGGCAGCCUCGGGGUCUACCUGCAAGAGAACCAGGCCGACGACGGCGACGGCGACGAGGAGGAGUCGACGGGCUCCGACGGAAAGAAGAAGGAGAAGAAGGAGAAGGAACGGAAGGUCCGGGGGACGAAAAAGACAAAGGCGCCGCUCGGUCCCCCGUUCCUCACCAACAUACUGAGAGAGGGCGAGUCCGUGGGAGACAUCGACGUGCUGGACAACGCGCCCAGGGGGGUCAGCUGCAUCACCCAGGACGACGGCGCUCGGCUGGUCAGGGUCAAGCAGGCGACGCUGAUGGAGUUCAUCCGCGCGCACCCGCACACGCUGGAGACGUACGUGCAGCAGGCGGUGGCGAGGCUGUGGCGCGUGGCGCACUUCGUGCUCGUGGAUUUCCUCGGUCUCCCACGGGGUCCGCCCACGGGAGACGCCGUGUCGCUCGAGGAGCCGCGUGCCAUCGUCAGGACUCCUCGGCACUCGUCGGGGGGCGUCGAGGGUAACGGCUCCUCCGGGGUUAGUAACGGCUCCUCCGGGGGUAACGGCCGCGCGCCGCCCGCGAGCUUGCUCCUGAGGCACCUGCCCCACAUCGUCGCGUGUUGCCCGCGCGUCGAGGUCCCGGACGACGGCGCGAUACACCGCGAGGGCGAGCAGGCUGACGACUUUCUCCUGGUGCUCAAGGGAACGUGCCGAUCGGACGCGGUGCCGUGGCCGAAAGGGAACGGCGCGCGGGGUCCGCCCGCGCGUGCGCCCGUGCUCAUCGGCGCGAGCGCGUUCCUGACGAGGUCCGCGCGGCAGGAGACCCUGAGGGUGUCGCUCGACGACGAGGAGGACGACGAGGAGGACGAGGACAGCGGCGCGGCUGUGGCCGGCGGCGAAAUACGACCCGCGAACCCCAAGGCGCCAGCUGUGUCGUCGUCGAGCAACCCUCAGGAGUGCGUGGUUUACUCCAUCGGCGCUCUGGAACUCGCGGCGCUGAAGGAACGUUCGCCUGAGGCGUUCAUCGCGACGGUGCUCGCGGCGUCGUGCUCCUUGUCCCCGCUCCUGCGCCGGUUCAUAUCGCUGGGUCUGAACCGGGUCUGGCUCAGCGCCGGCGAGGCCGCGUACCUUCAGGGCGAGGAGGCCACGAGCAUGUACGUCCUCAUCUCCGGACGCAUUCGUCUGCUGCAGAACAGGGAGAAGAACCGGGCGAUCGGCGCCGCGAACGACGUUCCGCGAACGACGACGACGACGACGACGAGCAGGCCCGGAUUUGGAAGGGGCGGUUUCACCCACGAGGAACGCGGUCGCGGCGAGACCAUCGGCGAGGCUCCCCUCCUCGCCGGCGGCCGAUACCCGUCCACCGCCAUGUGCCUCAGAGACAGCGAGCUGGUGCGAAUGUCCCGCGGGGCGCUGACGCUGGUGUGCGCCAGGAACCCCGUCGCCGCGUCGCGUCUUCUCGAGGCGAUGGCUCGCAAGCUUCACGCGACGCUGAAAGGCGCGGGCGCCAAGCCGGACAUGGUCACCAUCUGCCUCGUGCCGGCGACGGGUGCGGCGGACGCCAGGGCGACGGCGACGCUGGCGCGGGACCUGCGCCGCGCGCUGCGGGGAUUCGGACCGACGCUGUGGCUCGACGAGGAGGGUGCUCGACAGGUGUUCAACGACGACACCGUGGGUAAGCUGCAGUCGAAGUUUUACAGGUCCAAGAUGACGGGGUGGAUGGCGCAGCAGGAGGAGAACUACCGGUUCAUCCUGCUGCAGGCGGACGCCAGCGCCUCGCCUUGGUCGCAGGUGUGCGUGUCGCAGGCGGAUAAGAUUUUGGUCGUCGCGAGGGCGUCCAACCCCGAUCCCAACCCGCAAGCGCACGAGCAGCGCCUCCUGUGGCGCAGGCGUCGGGGCGCGGCGACGGAGUUGGUGCUCGUCCACGACCCGGGAGAGGCGCCGCGAAACCUGCGACGGUUCCGCACGACGCGCCCCGACGUCGGACGCCACCACCCGCUCCGGCUGGAGGCUGAGGAGGACCUCCAGAGGCUGGCUCGGCACAUCGCGGGUCACGCCGUCGGCGUCGUGUUGACCGGCGGCGGCGGGCACGGUUUAGCGCACCUCGGCGCGCUCCGAGCGCUGGAGGACUCGGGGGUGCCGGUGGACUGCGUGGGGGGUACGAGCCAGGGGGCGCUGAUGGCGGCGUUGUACGCCAGGCACGCGUCCACGACGCACAUGCUCCCGCGCGUCAAGGAGCUCGUCGGCGCGUUGUCGUCCCCGCGGCACCUCCUCACCGACCUGACCCUCCCGGUUCUGUCCAUAUUCUCCGGCAAGGGCGUGGACAGGAUACUUCGAACCGUCCUCGGCGACACCGACAUCGAGGACCUCUGGCUCUCGUUCUUCUGCGUCAGCACUAACCUCACGUCCGGCGGACUGAGCACGCACACGUCCGGCACCGUGUGGAGGUACGUUCGCGCGUCGAUGACCAUCCUCGGGAUGUUACCCCCCGUGAGGGACGAUCAAACUGGCGAUCUCCUCGUGGACGGCGGCUACCUCAACGCGAUCCCGGUCGACGUCCUCCGCGAGCGCAUGGGGGUGGAGACCGUGGUGGUGGUUGACGUCGAGGAUAACGAUUACACGGCGUUUCGCAACCUGACCCCGCACGACGGCGGGUUGGGCGGUUGGCGACUCCUGUGGGAGCGGAUCAACCCGUUCGGGAGCUGGCUCGGUCGGUGGUUCCUGGGACCGUCCAUCGACGAGGCGUCGCCCGCGAGCGGCGGCGGCGGCGGCGGCGGGAGCGGGAGCGGCGGGAAUCGAACCGGCGACCGCGCCGUCACCGCCGCCGCUCCCUCCUACGCCUCCCUGCUCAACGCCCUUACCACCGCCGCGUCGUCGCGUCACCUCGCGCAGGCGAGGAAGGAACACGCGGUGAACCUCUACCUCCGACCGCCCGGCGUGAGCGGCUGGGUCGCCCCGCUCACCCCGAAUCGCGUCGACGCCCUCGUUCGACGCGCGCACAGGUACGCGUGCGGGGCGAUCGCGGAUUGGCAGCGCGCGGCGUCCGCGGAGCGGGUCAGGGACGCGAACGCCGCGAGGGCGGAGGCUCGAGACUUGGCAGAGUCGCGAGGCGCGUUUCACCUCGGAUCGCCCGUGCGCGCUUCCUCCGCGGGGGACACGGGCGUGACGACCCCGUCUGCGGGGGGGGACAAGGGCGUGACGACCCCGUCCGCGGCGCACGGCGACGACGACGACCUCCUCGCGGCGGCGCGGGGGGGCGCGAGGGGAACGAAGGGGACGAGGGAACCGAACGACGCGUCACCGGGUUCGCUCGGCGACGGCGCCGGACGGCUCCGGACGACUUCGGAAGGGCUCUCGGUGCACGUCGGAGCCGGCGGGGGCGCCGCGCGAUCGCCGCGGACGUCGCAGGGGCACCAGACGCCCCGAAGGAUCAGCGCGACGCUCCCGCCCCAGCCCCCCGGGCACCAGGGCUUGCCCCCGAGGGAGUCCGGGAGGGACUGGUCCGAGUCGGGAAGGGACGACGGCGGCCGGUCGCGAUGCUCCCUGUCCAGCAGCAGCUACGACACCGCGGGGUCCACGCACGUCUUCGGGAGCGUCGGCUCGUCCUUCGCGUCCAUCGACCACCACCACGACGCGGCGUCCGAGCCCCGAACGACGACGACGACCGUUACAAAAGCCGUUACGAAGACGUCCGACGACCCGAGCGGGGGGAGAAAUCCGUCGUCGUCGAGGCUGGGCGGGGGACUGGACGGGUCGGGGUCGGCGCUCGCCGCGCUUCAGGACGCGAUCGCGAGCGGCGUGAUCGACCCGCCGGCGGCGACAACAACGAGCCGGCCGCGUCGCAGGAGCGAGCCGGAGCCGAUGCACCUGCAGUCGCUCCUCUUCUCCACGAUGCACCCGAAGGACGCCGACGACGACGCCGAGGAGAAACCCGAGCCCAAGCGGCGCUCAGUCGACGAGCAGGAGUUUGCCGAUCGCAUGGGCAUCCCACCCGCGUCGAACCCGGGGGCAACGACCGUGACGCGGCAAAAGACUUCGCGCGGUCUGCCGGUGAUGACGCAGCUGGUGGACAGGCGAGCGCUCGCGGGCGAGACUCGUUGGGGCGAAUGGCUCAGUCGAGAUAAAUCGCCGGGCGCGGGCGCGUUUGACUCGUUCCCGGAUGAGCUGCCCAGCGCGUCGCCCCGGGGCAGCGGGGAGUGGCGGAGAAGGCGGAGUUUCAGCGCGGGGGAUAUGGAGCUGAGGGCGGCGGCGAUGGCGGCGGUCAAGUCGGUUCGCGAGGACCAGGCGAGGUCGCGGGUGGGUUCGCCGGUGGCGUAA